CCGAGUCUCCUACAUAAACAUCAGUCUCAAUGCUAAAAAUUUAUUUUAAAACACCCCACUUGGAAACACAAAUAAAUAAAAAUAAAUUCAAAACAAUGUAUUCUUCAUCAUCUGUAUCAAAACGCUUCGUUCUAGUCCCUAUUGUGGUCGUGGUGACCACACAACUCCUCCUGGUACGUAACGUUUCUUCACUAAACCUUACCAAUUCGUAUCUUCACCACAAAUGCGUAGUCAAUCAAGGGAAAUACAAGCCAGGAAGCAAGUACGAGAAAUCCCUCGAUGAUAUCAUCCAAAGCUUUUCGAAUAAAGAUAAAGAUUCGUAUGGUUUUCGUACCGGUUACAGCAUGAAGGCCUACGGUAAAGAACCUGAUAUGGUCUCCAUCACCUACCAGUGCCGUAUCGACUCUCGUGGGCCCAAGUGCCAGUCCUGCGUUGUCACGGCCGGUUAUGAGCUUCUUCGUAAGAGAUGUCCGAGAUAUAAAGAGGCAAUAAUAUGGUACGACCAAUGUCUUGUGGAGUUUUCUUCGUUAGAUACUUCUGGGCAGAUCAAUUACGACGACAACUUCUGUAUGCCUAGCGCGAAGAACCUGAUCGGCAAUUCAAUCUCUCUUGAAGAAAGGUUGCAUCUCCUCAACAAUCUUACAAAGAUAGCCGUCACGAAAAUAGAUAAAAACAUAGAAGGUAUAAAAAAACCAGUACUGUAUGCGGCGGGGGAGAAGAGACUCGGGACGAAAAGUCUAUACGGAAUGGUGCAAUGUUCGGCUGACUUAUCUGUUCAGGGUUGUAAUGAGUGUAUGUUAUAUUAUAUAGUGCAUUUUCAAGAGUGCUGGGAAAAUAAACAAGGAGUAAGAGUUUUGAGUAGAAGCUGUAACUUUAGGUAUGAGCUUUACCCUUUUAUUAACCCUAAGGGUCCUUAUUAUACAAAGUUCUAAAGC